AUGGUGGUGGAGUUGGGCCCUCUCGGACUUGCAAGCCUCUUCUCCCUCAACUUCACUCCCACCCAAAAUCCCUUCGAACUACCUCCAACCACCAAAAACCACACCACCACCACCACCACCACCACUACCACCACCACCACCGACCAAAAACCAAAAACCAAAAACCAAACAACGACUGAGAACCACCACCAUCAUCAAUCUAGUAGUGACAAGAACGAACCCUCAAGAUCAACUCAGUGGUUGAUGUCAGCUACAUUAACCUCUGAAACACUCAAUCCACAAAUGUCAAGCAGAAGAGAUAGCAUUGGCGCCACCAUCGGGAAACGGUCAAUUGCCACCCUCGCCCCUCUCAGUGCGAUGGGUGGCAACAAUCCCUCUGUCGAUUUACGUGACCCUUCAAGGAACACCAAUCGAUACUCGGUCACCCAACUGUAUUCUAUGGCAGCUGAGAAUGAUACGGAGAUCGAAGAUGAAUUAGCCAGAGCCCAGAAACGUUUACGCGAUUUAAAGACUAAGAUUUCCUCCCAAUCCAAGAAGAAUUUCGUCCUCGAGCGGGAUCGAAUGGCCCUGGGCGAACGAGAGGAAGUACGGGAACAUCUGGAGGAAGCAGACGAAUCAGAAGGACUCUACCUGGAUGAAAAGAGGACACAGCAAUACGCCAACCUAUUCUUCUUACUCCAGAGCGAACCGCGUCACAUUGCUGCGUUAUGUCGUUUGGUCUCGAUGGGCGAAAUUGACACCUUACUCCAGACGGUGAUGUUCACUCUCUACGGAAACCAAUAUGAAAAUCGAGAAGAACAUUUACUUCUGACCAUGUUUCAGUCCGUCCUCUCUGCUCAAUUUGAAACGACUACCGAUUUCGGAUCACUAUUACGGGCAAACACACCCGUAUCUCGAAUGAUGACUACCUAUACAAGGCGUGGACCUGGUCAAAGCUAUCUGAAAACUGUCUUGGCCGAACGAAUAAACAGUCUCAUCGAACAUAAAGAUUUGAAUUUGGAAAUCAAUCCUCUCAAGGUUUAUGAUCAAAUGAUCCAACAGAUCGAAGACGAGACCGGAUCAUUACCAGAAGAUCUUCCCCGCGGGAUUUCUGCUGAAGUAGCCGCGGCGAAUACGGAUGUCCAAAAUAUAAUCGCACCUCGACUGGCAAUGUUGAUGGAAAUUGCCAACAGUUUCCUGAUGACGAUUAUGGAGAGUAUUGACAGUGUACCCUAUGGGAUCCGGUGGAUCUGUAAACAGAUUCGAAGUUUGACCAAACGCAAAUACCAAGAUGCGACCGACAUUGCGAUUUGCUCUCUGAUUGGUGGCUUCUUCUUUCUUCGCUUUAUCAAUCCUGCCAUCGUUACCCCACAAGCAUACAUGUUAAUUGACAACUUACCAACAACUGCUAAAUACCCUCGACGUACAUUAACUCUGAUCGCCAAAAUGCUUCAGAAUUUGGCCAACAAACCUUCCUACUCUAAAGAAGCUUAUAUGAUGAGCUUGAACCCAUUUGUCGAAAGCAAUAAGGCCAGGAUCAAUAAGUUUUUGAACUUGUUAUGUGAAGUCAAGGAUUUUUACGAGUCUCUUGAGAUGGACCAGUACAUGGCUCUAUCUAAGAAAGAUCUGCAAAUCAACAUCACUCUCAACGAACUGUACAAUACCCAUGCCCUUCUCGUUUCCCACCUCGAUCACUUGGCCAAGGACGAACGCCAACAUUUACGAAUACUUCUGGAGGAAAUCGGACCAGCUCCAGCGCAGGUUCCUCGGAAAGAGAAUCGGACGAUAGAGCUACCACUUUACAGUCGAUGGGAGAUUCCGAUCCAAGAUAUCACGACAGCAUUGAUGGCGGAAAACAAUCUGACACAGAACGAUAUCUUAUACAUGGAGACCAAGUCGAUCUUUGUCCAACUGAUCCGAUCGAUCCCACAGCUGACGGAGAAGCGGCCGAUGAACCUCUUGCAGAUUGCCGAACGAGCAGCGACGGCUAAGGAUGCGGUCUUAGUGCGUAAAGGACUGAAGGUCAAGGAAAUGUUACGGGAGUUGGAGGAAAUCAAGCUCUGUGAUCGGAAGGAUGGUCAUAAAUUAUUGGUGGAUGAGAUCGCGGCUGAAUUAACUCAUUUAGGGAACAUGAGAGAGAAAGUGUUAUUGGAGACUAAGUCCUUGGAAUCGGUCUAUAAGACCAUCGGCGAUCAUAACAAUUAUCUACGUUCGCAAUUGGAACAGUAUAAGGCCUAUCUUCAAAACGUGAGGAUCACCUCGACGGCUAAUCAGAAAGGGAAAACUCUUGGCGGAGGCGUCGGCGUGGUUAGUGUCGAUGGUAAAGAGAAGAAAACUAUGAAGGCACUCGCCCUUGGACCCUACAAAUUCAGCCAUGCUCAGUUCGAAAAAGACGGGGUGAUUGUGGACACUAAUGUUCCUGAAAAUCGGAGAGCAAACAUCUUUUUCCAAAUCGUCUCUCCUUCUCCGGGUACGUUUAUCAUUGCCUUACAUUAUAAAGGGAGAGAGAAAGCGAUCUUGGAGAUGGACUUGAAGAUCGAUGAUCUGUUGGAGAAACAGAAAGAUAAUGUGCCUACUCUCGAUUUGGAGUAUGUUCAAUUAUCGGUCUCUAAGACUUUGGCUAUGCUAAAUAAGACCUUUGCUCGUCGUAAAUGA